AUGUCUGCUACCAACAUCGCCCCUAAUGCCUCUGAUGCCGUCGCCGUGGACAGCACUAACACCAACACUCCUGUUGACGCCAAACAAGAAGCUCUCAAGAAGAUAGCUGCGGAGAAAGAGGCCAAGCGCAUCGAAAAUGUUGCCAUCCAGAAGAAGAAGCUCGAAGCUGCUAAGCAAAAGGCGGCGCAAGAGUUGAUGUCUAAGGGCAAGAACGCGGUCCUCAAGGCUCAGGCUAACCGGCCUUCACGACGACCGGCGAAGAAAAACCGGAAACCGCUUCCACCUCCUGCCAAUCGGACUCACGAGAUCGAAGCGACUAUGGAGAAGACGAAAGCUAGCGCUGAAGAGAAGCGUCUUGCCCCUCUGCGGGUUGUUCGCCCAAGCUACAGCUACAGCGACAUCGUUGAGCAGCGCGUUGUCGACGGCGUCGUUAAGCGGAUUACUCAUACCAACCGUUCUGUCCAUGAGCCUUGCUCCGCCCACGUUCACGGCGACGGCAUUGAUCAGCGCAUGGCAGACAGCGUCACUGAACCUACCUUCCAGCCCGCUGAUGCGCCCGAGACUGCCCAGUCUGACACCGACGUUGAGUCAGAUAAGGUCACGGAACCUGAUACUGAGUCAGACGAAGACGCUCCUCAGCUAGUUCAAGAGCUUGCCUCUCCUGAGCAGGUCACUGUCCCUGAAGACGACGACGACUUUGCCGAAGCUUCCAGUAUCACUGCACUACCCCACAUCUACAUCACUGCUCCGACACAUGAUGCGGAUGAGGAACCUCCGAUGACUGAAGAUCUGGCUGAGGCAAUUGACACGUCGUCCGAACCCAUCAUGGCAAACGUCUCUGAGGAGUCGACUUGUAGCCCUUCGGCAAUUCUAUCGAUGCCAAACUCGACUCUUUACCCUUCGCGCCUAUCCCGCGACGAAGAGGCUAAGUUGGUCGCUUUGCACGUCGCGCCCAUCGUACUGCCGGUCGCUGAAGCCAAGCAGCAGAAGCUUAGCAAGGCUGAGAAGAAGGCCGCUAAGACAUCUGAGGCAUCUAAGGAGGUGGCCACGACGAAGUCCGAUGUGGUUCAAAAGCUUCCCGAAACCGACUCUGUUGAGACUACGAUGGAUAAUGUCGACCCAAUUGUCAUAGCAGAAGAACACACAUACGUCACAACACUUCUGGCGAGGCCCAAUGGCUCUGGUGUGACCACAGAGUCUCGCGACCUUCACGAGAAGCUCGCCGCGCUUCAUGUCGCUCCACCUUCGCUGCCAGUCACUUCUCACAAGCAGCAAAAGAUCCCAACAGCCAAGUCAAAAGCUACCAAAGCUGACCAGAAGAAGACUGUCACUAUUGAAGAAAAAGAGCAGGACUUUGUCGCGUCUCUUCUCUCCAAGUCUAAUAGCUCUGGCGUACCCAAGGAGUCUCGCGACUUUCAUGAGAAGCUGGUUGCGCUUCAUAUCACUCCUCUCUCGGUGCCGGCCAUUGCGCCCAAGCAGCAAAAGGCCUCAAAGACAAAGCAGAAGGUUAUUAAACUUGAUAAGAAGAAGUCCGUCGCUACGGAGAAGAAAGAGCCCGACUUCGUCGCCUCUCUUCUCUGCAAGCCCAACGGUCCGGGUGAGACCAAAGAAACCCGCGACUUUCACAACAGUCUUGUAGCUAUACAUGUAGCGCCAAUCGAAGUUCCGGUUCCCAUACAACAGGAUAAGGAUAAGAAAUCUGAGAAGGCCAACAGGUAUAUUGAGACUUGGACCGCUGACCCUGAUGCCGUUGAUCCACUGAUCAGCAGCAUGGUUCCUCCCAUUACUGAGGAGCCUACCCCUGCUGUUGAGGAGCUGGGUACAGAGGAUGCAACGCGCGACGAGCCGUCUGUCGUCGUUGCGACUCCUAUCCAUGGGUUCUGGCAAACCGUUCUUUCCAAACCCACUGCCACCGAAGCCGCCACCGUCGAGCAGACCGUCAUAAUCCCCGACUCCGCCCCAACCACCUCCUCCCACGACGACUCUUCCUCCUCCCCCUCCUCCAUCAACCCCUUCAGAACCCGCAGUCGCUCCUCAACCCACUCCACCCCGUCCAUCCUUCGCGCAGCCUCAAAAGCACGCACAACCCUCCUCGGCGGCACAUCCCUAGAAACCUUCAUCACCACCCUCGACUUCGAACUCUGGGACGGCACAACGACCAAAGACGACAUCUGCGAGGCUUUCGCUUCCCUAUCUACUCACCCCACUCCCACAAUUACUGGUCUAGAUACCGCCAAGAUCCAGCGGAAGAUCAAGCUAGGUAGUACUUCGCUGUACGCGUUCCUGCAUCAGAUCACGUUCAUGGAGGAUGACGUGACGGUUGUGGGGGAGGUGAUGAGGGUGUUUAGGAAGGCGGCGAGGGAGCAGGUGACGGAAACGAAAUUGGAGGUUGCGCUGUGGCUUGCGGAGGAGACGGAUGAGGGGGAGGGGAGGAGGCGGGGGAGGCGCGAGGAGCGGGCUUCUAUGGCUGGUGGGGUUUAG